AUGAAUCGCUUCAGAAAUAAGAAGAAGGCCAAGGAGGAGGCCGCCGCCGCCGCCAACGCCGCCGCAGUCGCCCGCUCUAGCGAAGACUCGGAGCACUCCUCCUUGUCAGGCUUCAAGGGGUUCAGGAAAGGGAAGAAGGCACCGGUAGAGGAACCCAAGCUGGAAUUUGAUCUCUCGACAGCCCUUCCUUCCGACGACAACUUCCGCACAAGUCUUCUCAUGACAAACCUAUCUGCGCGCUUUUCCAUGCUAAGAGAGCAAGACGACCCCAACACCAAGAUUGGCAAGGCCAGCGACGACAGUGUAUUACACCCAAAGCGACAAUCGCGACUUCCUGACUUUGGUUUUGGUGCCGCCGGAGGUCUUGGGGACAUUGCCGAGGUGGAGUCCAUCAAGGCUCCUUCUCACUUUUUCAGGAGCGAUUCGAUUGCUUCUGCUGACUUCGACAAUGGUGGAAGCAUAUUAAGUCGGGGAAAACCUAUCGAGGGUAACAACCUGUUUGGUGGAAGGCAAAAGAUCUACAAAGUGCCUGCUACCAAGUCCGGCGGCCUGGGAGGCCGGGCAUUGUACGCCGAUGACGAUGUCGCCUUGUCCGCUUUUCAGCGUUGGCGUAUUUCUGAAAAAGAAAAGGAGCAGCAAGAGCAUGCAACUGAAGAGGAGCAUGAGCAGGCGAAGGCCCAUGAAGACCACCCACGAUCCGAGUCACCGCCCCCCUUGGGAUACAAUUUCAAACGGGAGACGAGUUCGACCACCUCGUCGGCUUCCAUCAUGGCGCGCAAUUCCACUGCUGCCAACUCGAUCGCAUCACAGCCUGCAGGUUACGUGUCAACUGCUCCUACCUCGGGCGCUUCUACUCCCGCUCUUGACCGAUCGGUGACCCAUAAGAGACGUCUAUACGAGCAAAGCACGAGCCAAGAUGGGCCAGAACAAUCCUCUGUACUAUCGAGGAUCGAGUCUCUCAACCGCCAGAAGACCGCGGCCUCGGGCAUCAAGGCCCUUGGUGACCGGUUGGGCGAGGAACGAACCCUCGCAAGCAAAACAAGCGCCCCUCAGCUAAGGUCAGUCAGUCUUCCAAUCACUACUCCUGCGACUGGUACUGGGGACUUGGGAAAUGGGGCUGCUCCUCAAGCGGAUCCCGAGCUAAACUUUGGUGGCUCUCCUCCACUCAGUCCCCCAAUCAGCGAGACUGGCGAAACGCUCCCUCUGUUGCCCAUUCAGCCUAACGAUGUUGGAAAAGCCACCGCUAUGGGAGUGUUUCAGAAGCCUUUGCAACCAUACGACGAGACCAAGUACGCCCAGCGCCAAAUCCAGCUGCAGCAGGGUCGCGAGACGCCAACCCAUCGCUUUCGGGCAGAGUCUGAUGCUUCCUUCGCUACCGCUCGCUCACAGGAGUCAUCUACCCACGGGCAGCCCUUUGAGGGACGAGGGGAUCCUCUCAGGACUCAGCCAGCAUUGGAGGAAGAGCCCUCGACUACCGAUUUCGAUUCGCAAACACCCGAAAGUCUUCAAGCUGAAGCUUUAGCAGCCCUUUCCGGUCAGCUCAGCCUUCAGCGUCCUGCCGAUGAGGAACACCCUGCGCUAAGGGGGGCUGCUGCUCCACCCCCGCUUUCAAUCAGCACAUCAGCAAAGUCCGAAAACCCAACAAUCUCUAUCGAAGAGUCAAUCGAGCCUGCAUCGGCAGACUCUCCUACUCUUGGCCCCAACGCUGGACUUGGUGGCCUAGUCCGUUCACACCUUCGCUCAGGCAGUAAUGCUUCCUCGAUCUGGAGUGCCCCCACACAAAACAACGAUCCCGAGCCGCGACCGCUCAAUAUGUUGCCGGACCCCAAGAUCACUCCAUGGAUUGCGCAGGAACAAGAAUGGACACUAAACUUUUACGGAAACGGUGCCAAACCAAACACUGACAACCAGGCAGCUGAAGCAGUGCAGAAGGAAACACCUGUCGUAGACUCCGCGCCCUCCAACCGGUCGAGCAGUGCGACCAAUCACGGGCUAUCCAAGCCUUCAAACAGAUCCAGUAAUACCGACAGCGAACUGGACGAGUUCGCAAGUCAACUGGCCGAAGCUCGGCGACGAGUGAAGGAAAGGCUGACUUCUUAUGCCGAGUCUGAUAGCAGCAGAGCGACAUCACCAGUUAGACAGCCAGAACUCCCCUCCCACAAAGGCAGCCAAUCUUCCCUGAACCACUUGAACAUCAACAUCCUCAAGGCAAAGUCAAGUAGUAGCUCUCUGGUAGAUCGCUCAUGGAAUAAUUCGGGAAGUCAACCCAAGUCCAGCCUAAAGCUUCUGGGCCUUGGGGGCGCCAGGAGCAGUUCUCGGAGCCCAACCAAGGAUUCAUUCGACGUGAGGGAGACAGCCGUACAAGCGAUCCCAGAGAGGAGCAAGGCGCGCCAGGCCCGUCAUAGUUCUGAGACUGAGAACGACAAUUCAACUCAGUCCACAAAUGACAAAGAGGAUACUUGGAACGCUCACCCAGGUUUGAUGGCAUUCAGAAAUGCCAAGCGCGAGCUGCAGAAGCGGAAGGAACUUGAGGCUCUUGCACAACAGCAGCUUUCCACGACCGCGCCGUCUCUUGAUGUGUCAAACAAUAUGGAACCGCUGGCAUUGCAAUCGCCUCCAAGAGCUCCGAGGAGGGGACGAACGUCGAGCAGGGACGGGAAGGCACAUCCCAUGCAGUAUAGUUCACGCGGCCCUAGUCAGGAGCGUGGAUAUGGAAUGCAUCGCGACUCUCCUACUGCUCACGUCAUGCCUGGCAGCCGUGAGAGAAGUGAUUCAGAUGCCAAUCGGGGAAGAUCAACGUCCAAAAGCCGCCGGCUGCACCAUCUCAUGCUGCAACAAGACGGGAAUAUGGCGCCUGGGAGCCCUCGCGGCCCACUGCGCUCUCCUGGUCUCCCUGAUACAAACGUCAAGCAGUCUCCCAUCAUGCCAACCCAAGGCUAUUCAAACCGCGGUGCCCCUUCUCCCUUGCCUUCGCCUCAUGUGCUUGAAAGAUCCAAGUCUGCAGGCAAUCUGAAAGCCGGUCGUUCGGUAUACGGUGCUUACCCGGGACCGCCCUCACCCGCAUCGCCAAUGCCUCCUUCACCGUAUACUGCAGGACCUGCGGGAUCCCCGGCGGGAACGCCAACCUUCAGUUCCAAAUCAAGACAGCUCAUUUCAGAAACAGCGAAGCGCUUCGUAGACAAGCGGGAAAUAUCUGAGCCGAAAUUUGUGAUGGCAACCAGCCGUAUGCCGACGAUGGAUCUGCCUCAUGGCUACUCACAGGAAGGCGGGUCUCGCCCGAGCAGCCGUGCGGGAGUACCACCUGUACCUACCACGGCACCUCCAGUUCCACCCAUCAACCCUCGUCGCAAACGCGAGAGCCCACGCGAUACGCCUGAUGGUGCCGGCAUGGGAGUGCCUCGCCCUCCAUUUGCAAAUCAAACAGAGAGCAUGGCUGUAUCAGAUGCUGAAACGCAAAGUGCCUUCUCUGUUAGUGACGACGAAGAGCCCGAAAAAUCCGACUACCGGCGACGGUUGCGCAAACCUCACAUCGAGUCAUAUGGACGUGUUGGGCGAGCUCUUGCUAAUAUGGGGGAGAAUGGUUCAACAUUCUCUCUCAAACAAGUCGAGUCACAGCACAAAUAGCCCCAUUGGCAUGUUCCAAGCCGAUCUCAUGUCUUGUUUGUCUUGUUUGGAAGCCGAUU